AUGGACAGCAAUCAAAUGGCGAUGGAUAUAGAUUUGCCAUCACUCGCUGCCAUCCCCGGAGCCUGGGGCGAUGUCCCAGACCAGCCACUCUGGGCCAAAGUAGACCAGAUCAUUCGGAGCACCGGCCAGAACACAGCUUUUCGCGAGACUUUUGUCAACGACAUUUGGCCUCGACUCAGAUCCGAAUAUGAGGUUAUGGUCGAAUUCUUCCGAGACUACUGCAGAGAGAGGCUGCGUCAGAUGGGUAUUCACUGCGAGGUCCAUGGCCGAGCUAAAGUCCAAGAAUCUGUGAAGAAAUCGCUCCAACGACGCGAGGAUCAUCUGUGGAGAAAUGAGCAAAAACGAUAUUCUAGCUUGCACGACAUAUUCGAUGAUAUCCACGAUCUCGCAGGAAUCAGAAUCGUUCUGACCUAUCCGGGUGAUCUUAACCGGGCCAUCUCAUUCAUCAAACAGGGCUUUCAGACAAUCGGACGUGAGACUAUCUUCGGCCCUAAUCGCGACGUUGGGAAAUUUUGGAAACCUUGGUUCGGGACCUAUGAAACCCGCAACUAUCGCGUUAAGCUUACCGGCGAAGAUGGUGCCCUUUGCCGAUUUUCUGACGUCUUGUUUGAGAUUCAGCUGACAACCUUUUCCAACGAUCUCUACAACAAACUUGCGCACCCCUUCCUUUAUAAAGGCUCCGCCGGGCCUCUUACCCGCCAAGAGGAGAUCGUAAUUGAUAUGUCGCGUGGCAUAUCUCAUCUCUAUGGACUCUGUCUAGUCUAUUUUCAAGGUAAAGGUGAUAGCACUUCUGGCCAGGUUGUCCACGAUGAGUUACGUCGCCUUGCCGAAGGUUUGGAAGGGAGCACGCCUAUCGUAGCCUCGAAACCUGUCGUCGAACCAGGUGAACAGAUUCGUUGUGAAGAGCUCUUUGAAGCGUUCGAGUCUCCCCCAGAGGAGUGCCGGUCAAUAGCUGGCCUAAAAAGUGGCUGGACGCGAAAUUUGAUGAGAUUCGGGUCACCAAACAGCUUUCCGAUCCAGAGAACAAAAAUGUCUCUCCGACUUGCGGGUAACUGA